ACAACCCCUUUCUUCCAUUAUUUUCCUUCCAACCAGGUUCUAAGGCACAUAUUUAUCCUCACUCCAGAUUUCCAGUGAAAUAGUGAGCCAGGAGCUCUCAAAAAGCUACAUUGUGGAUGGAGAUUCAUAUGAAGAAUAUCGAGCUGAGCUUGACAAAAUUCGACGUAACCAGACACCUUGCGCAUAUUUUUCACGGACCAGGCUAUCUUGAUCCUCAGGAAGAACCCAUAAACUUUGAAGUUUAUCUGUAUGAUCAUAAUCGCUUGGGAAGGGGCGCCCUGACCCUCCCAAACAUCUCUAUUGCUACUCAGUUCCUCCAAGAAUAUGGUCAACAAGAGGAUGGACUUGCGCCGCCGAAGUCCUGUGUCGUAGGGCAACAACGAAUCAGAUUCGCUGAAAGUUAUAACGAACCUAGGAGUGAUAUCAUUGAGAAGAUCACUAGACUACCCUUCCAAGAUCCAAGUGUUGCCGAGGGCGAGGAAAAUCGAAGUUUUCACCUGCAGUCUCAUAAUGUGAGCCUCAAAUCAAUCCAAUUUGGAUGGCUUGCUCGGGACGGCGUUGUGUCCAUCGAAUGGGAACAUUCUUGCCUUGAUGGACACCUGUCCUUCAGCGAUAAAGGACCGCCAGAGAUUCGGAUUCGUACAACGACUCCUUCGAAUUUCGCUAUUAUUCGUAUCCAAUUGUCAUUGAUUCGGUAUCUUUCGGUCUCCGACUUAUCCCAUAUUCAAGGACCGAUACUUUAUCUCAAUCUAUGGCAUCCCCCUUCCUUCGAAACCCGAAGCCGAUUUGUGUCACCUGACGCUGGUCCUUGUAACGAGCGCGUUUCGUUCUUGCCACUUCCUGGACAUGAAUUAGCUGCUCCUUAUGUUUCAGAGGUUAUUCGUCUCGUUUGCGGAUCAGCAACCGAUCUACCUGUCUUUCGACGACUUUUCCGUCUUGCUCAAAUUCGUCCCAUGAAAACCAUCAUCGAUCGAUAUGAGGAAAUGGUAGAGCGUCGUGGCAUCUUCCAGCCGAAGGCAAUUGAACUAGUGGAGAAUUUCGUUCGAAUCCUUGAAUGGAAAGUCGCAUUCCAAGUUGAUUAUCUUAUUCGACGACUGCAAGUAGAUGUUCGUGAAAUGGUAAACUUGAUUCCUGAAAUUCGCUCCCUCGUUCGAAUGAAGGGUCCGGAUUAUGCCGUCGCUGUACUCCGGCACUUUUCUACUAAAGUUCAACGUUGGACUGGAGAAGAAACAGAUGGCAAUCAAUAUGAUAGCAUUGAACAGUGCUUCAUUUUAGCAUCGAAAAGUUACGCUAAAUGUGUAGCAGAUGGCAAGACCUCCAAUCUGUCAUCACUAUCUACUACAGAUUCAAAUCUGUUCACCUCGUACCACGUCGUUGUCACACCAUCAAGCUACCUGCCUGACGGGCCCUUCAUUGAACGCUCGAACCGCGUUAUACGAUGGUUCGAUUCAUCUCAGAGCGAACUGUUCUUGAAGGUGCGUUUUGCCGAUGAGGGUUCUCAUAAAUAUAGGCACGACCGAAACAUUGACGGAAAAUCUUACAUUCGUAAUAGAAUCGGAGCUGUCCCUUCCAAGGGUCUUACUAUAGCGGGUCGAGAGUUCAAAUUCUUAGCAUAUACUCAAAGCUCACUCAAAGAUCACACGGUCUGGUUUUUCAAGCCCAACAGCAACAUUAAAUUUUAUGACUCUUUCUCUAUCAUUCAAGAGAUUGGCAGCUUUGAAGAACCGGAACUUCGACGCUGUCCUGCGCUGUAUGGCGCUCGCAUAUCCCAAGCUUUUACCGCCACGGAAGCAUCAUUCACCAAAGUUGAAGAGGUUUUUCCAAUCGAAGACAAGCUAACGCUUGACAAAGCAUAUAAUUUUACAGAUGGCGUGGGGACUACGUCCAAGGACUUUGCUGAAAAGGUCUGGAAUGAGUUGAAGGCCACCAAGCGGCGCACGAGGAACGGCGCAGAUCCCACCAUACCUUACUUUCAAAUUCGUUACGGGGGGUCAAAAGGCAUGUUAAGCAUUGACUACAAGCUGCGCGGCAACGUAAUCAGUGUGCGGCCGAGCAUGCGGAAGUUCGAUUCCAUUUUAACUCACGACAUCGAGGUCGCCCAAUUCUUCGAUCGUCCUUUAAAGCUGACGCUCAAUCGACCCCUUGUCAUGAUACUUGAAGAUCUCGGUGUUCCUUAUGAGACUUUCGAAGAUUUACAGGAAGAAGCGAUUGAACACACCCGCCGUGCGACCGAAAGUCUUGCUACCGCCGCUCGACUCCUUGAAAAUUUUGGGCUCGGAAACUCAUUUAGAUUGACUUCAAUCCUACUAGGACUGUCUCGUCUGGGGGUGGAUAACCACAUACAGGCGGAACCGUUUCGUCGAUCCGUACUAAAUUACGCUGUGCACCAUAUCUUGCGAGAACUAAAACAUCAUACCAGAAUACCUGUCGAGGGAGCUUGGAAUCUAGUUGGAGUCGCAGACGAGCAUGGGUUUCUACAAGAGGGCGAGAUCUUUGCUGCUAUCAAAGAGCCCAAUGGCGCAAUUCAGUAUCUUGAGGGAGAAUGUAUAGUUACCAGAUCUCCGGCGAUACACCCUGGAGAUUGCCAAAUUGCAAUAGCUAUCGGUCCUCCACCCUCCGGGUCAUGUUUUGCUCGUGAGCCUCUUACGAAUACUGCCGUUUUUCCGACAAUAGGUUUCACUGUGGGGAAGAACACGUUUUGGCACCUCCAAAAUCCAUCCAUUAUCCGUAGAUUUUUACCAAAAAUUGACUGAUUUUGGGAUGUCGAAAAGUUUGUAUAUUUCUCAUAUAGCUGGCUAUAGAAUAUGAAGUUCAUAUUGUGCAGUUAUUCUGAAUUAUCUACCAAUAA